GAGACGUAGAUAGUGUUGUGAAACAGCUUUUUCCCCUCCCCGACAUUUUUUUGUUCUUUAUUUUUCUUAGUAAGAUUUCAGUACUUUACACGUAGAAAACAUGCUAUAUUGAUACCAAUUUAAAAGGCCAUCAGCAAGUUUAGAGCUGCUCAUGACGCCAGGUUUCAAAUGCAUAUUAAAGUUAGUCAGCUAUAGUUAGCUCGGUUUAGUUAUUCGUUUGGAAAUUGAUUGUUCCGUCGCUUUGUAGCCUUUAAAUGUCGAUUGGACAUGUUGAUAAUCGUUUUCGUGCGGGAGGUGAAAUAGAGAUGUGUUCAGUUCAGUUUCACCGGCAAUGUGUGUGUCCAGCUGAACUCACAGACUCUAUCUACACGUAAAUCGGUAUAUAAUUGAUAUGAUCAUCAAUUUUAAACUAUUCUCGUUAAUUUGACGUCGUGUGACGGAAAUACAGGCUAACAAACCGUAUGCGCGGAUCCGGGUGCUCGGUGUUUUGUACAGCACUAUGCUUCCGCGAAGUCUUUUGAACCUUUAGGUUUAGGACAAGAUGAAGUAUAAAGUCUCUAUCUGGAAAACGAAUUAAGUCUUUUUUAUACGUAUUGUUUUAAUUGUGGAGGAGGGAGUAUUUCCCCCUUUUACUUUCGUUGCUUUAGCUCGAUGGCCAAGUGUGAAAACACACCGCCUCGAAUGUUACGCUAGAAAAACACCUCAAUCUUUUCAAAGGGGUCUUGCGUACAAAGAUUAAUUGCCAAAUUAAGUUUAUUUGGUAAAUUAACACCGAGCACAGAUUACGGUUUAGAUCAAUAAGUCCUCUCAAACAGCUGUGGUUUAGCUAGCCGAUGUGCUAGCCUUCACCUCAGCUCCCAGAAAUGUCGAAUAUCUCCAACGAAGCUGUGGUCUUGAUAAAAGAUGUAAAGCCCGGAUCGAAAAACCUAAAUAUCGUCUUUAUAGUUUUGGAAAUCGGUCGGGUGACAAAGACAAAAGACGGGCACGAGGUGCGCUCCUGCAAAGUGGCGGACAAGAGUGGGAGCAUCGCCAUCUCCGUAUGGGAUGAGCUGGGCAGCCUCAUCCAGCCAGGGGACAUCAUCCGCCUCACGAGAGGUUAUGCCUCCAUCUGGAAGGGCUGCCUUACAUUGUACACUGGACGAGGAGGAGACUUGCAGAAAAUAGGAGAGUUCUGUAUGGUGUAUUCGGAGGUUCCAAAUUUCAGUGAGCCAAAUCCAGAGGUGCUUUCACAAGCUAACCAACAGAACAAGACCGGUAAAGAACAGCAGGGAAAUUCUCCACCGAAUCAAAAUGCAGGUACACCUGCACAAACAGGAAAUGGUAGUGUGCCAGUAUUUCCUAACAACAAUGCUGCUCCUGUGCCUCGGGAUCCCAACCUUGGGGCUCCAGGAAGACCCAAUGGGCGUGUUCCAGGCAACGGGCCACCCCCAGUAACUGCAGGGGGACCUCCUGCUCCACCAAAACCCGCAGUCACCAUUAGCAAUGGCAGAGACCCAAGAAGAGCUUCAAAAAGAUGA